GCUACUCGCAUGUUUGAUACCAUCUUACCCGCGGACUCUAUCGAAUUUUGUCCUCAUCCGGACGCUCUGAACAUCUUCGUAUGUGGAACGUAUAACCUCAUUAAAUCAGAAGAAGCCAUCAGAAUUGGCCCGCAAAAAAGAAAUGGUCAAUGCCUAGUCUUCAGAUGCCAAUAUGACCUGGAUGAUAUCGCUCAAAGUUCAUUCGAGAAAAUACAAACCAUAGACUAUCCUGCGCUUCCGGACAUGAAAUGGUGUCAUAGAUCUGCUGCUAACAAGGCCACCCUCGGUGUUGCGAACUCUGAAGGAGAGAUCCAUCUACUCGAAUGGGACUCGGAAGAGUCGCGUCUCGAGGAGACAGCUCGCAAGCGAAUCGUAGGAUCUCCGGAGACGUUAUGCCUUUCUUUAGAUUGGUCAAAUAGGCGGAAUCCGACCUCAGAUUUAGGAAAAUUAGUGGUGUCCUGUUCGGACGGAGAUCUUGUGUUGUUGGAUCCCAUCACAAGCUCAAUAGUUGUCACUGACAAGUGGACAGCACAUGAAUAUGAGCCGUGGAUUGCUGCUUGGGAUUAUUGGAAUACGAACACGAUAUACUCAGGUGGUGAUGAUUUCAAGCUGAAAGGAUGGGACAUAAGGACAGAUCUACGAAAUCCGAUGUUCGUUAAUAAACGUUUUGGCGCAGGUAUCACCACAAUUCAAAGUCAUCCGUACAUCGAGCAUCUUCUCGCUGUUGGAAGUUAUGAUUCUUCAGUCAAACUCUUCGACAUGCGAAAACCCCUUCAACCACUAUCACAAACUGAAAUUGGCGGCGGAGCAUGGAGAGUUAAAUGGCACCCUUCUGCUACAAGAAAAUCUGAUCUUCUCGUUGCAUGUAUGCACGACGGAUUCAAGGUUUUGCGAUUCAAUGAAUUGGCAAUAGAAACCCUGGAGGACAUGUCGUCUCCACUCCCAGCCAGCAUUGUUCAGCGAUUUGAUGAGCACCAGUCAUUAGCGUAUGGUGUGGAUUGGUCUUUCGCGCCGUCAUCAAAUGACCAGAAGACAGCGAUAGCCAGUUGCUCCUUUUAUGAUCAUAAAUUACAUUUCUGGAGUGGGUGAGCUACAGUAGAUUGACCCUGUGUAGAUAUAGGGUAUAUAACAACAUGAUCCUCGAUAGUGAUGUGAUUCGUUAAUGUAAGGAUUCUGCGAUAU